AUGGACAAUGGUUGUGGGGUGAUGGGACCACCUUUGACUAUACCAAAUGUUGCUCUGCAGAACCUAGUGGCAAUACUAAGAACUGCUUUUGAGAGAAACUGGACCAAAAACAGCCAAAGCCUUGAUGCAAAUCUUGCAUCUGUGCAUAGUAAAGCUGAAAAUGAUUUUCUGCUGAGUCUGCUGAAUGUUUCUAGUCAUGCUUACAUCGGUGGUCAUUAUGGUGAACAAGAUGGCCAAUGGUUGCGGAGUGAUGGGACCACCUUUGACUACACCAACUGGUACACUACAGAACCUAACAACAAUGGUGGUCCAGAGAACUGCUUGGAGAUAAACUGGGCCAGUAACCGCUGCUGGAACGAUCUAAGCUGUUCAUUCGCAACAGGCUAUAUUUGUGCUAAAGCUUCACACACUCUUGAAAUUCUGAAGGCUGUACUCUGA